AUGAAUUAUUUUGGCAUUUGCUGUGAGAAAGCCGAGAAGAAAAAAAAAUAUCAGAAGAGAGAAAUCUGUUCUGUAACUUGCAAUGCAUUCUUUCCAUCUCUAGCCCAGAGUACUAUAUCAGAUCUUCACAUCUUUUAUGUUCCUGUCUUCCAGUGUCCCCGAUGCAUGCAGUGCAGUACAAAAUUUGACUUCAUAACCAGAAAGCACCACUGCAGAAGAUGUGGAAAGUGCUUUUGUGACAAAUGCUGCAGCAAGAAAGUGCCUCUGCCUCGUAUGUGCUUUGUUGAUCCUGUGCGCCAGUGCGCUGAAUGUGCUCUGGUUUCUCAAAAAGAAACAGAGUUCUAUGACAAACAGCUCAAAGUACUUAUGAAUGGUGCUACAUUUUAUGUAACUCCAGAAACAUCAGAAAAGACAGAGAUGAUGGUCUGUCGACUUUCCAACAACCAGAGAUACCUGUUUCUGGAUGGUGAGAGCCAUUACGAAAUUGAAAUUGCACAGAUUUCAACGGUUCAGAUACUAACAGAGGGAUUUACUCCUGGAGAAAAAGACAUUCAUACUUACACCAGCCUCUUGGAAAAUGAACACAUUAUGGAAGGAGGCAAUACUCGUGCUACUGGCAUGCUCCUUCAGUACAAGAAACCAGGGUCAGAGGAACUCAAACAGAUUAAAUUUACUGCUGGUGAAGAUUUUAAUUCCAAUAAGAAGUUGUCAGCCACCUGGCUCGCAGCAAUGCAUAAGGCAGCAAAACUCCUUUAUGAAUCUAGGGACCAAUAAACAACUUCUCUGACUUGAGGGGUAAAGAUCAGCUCUAAGAAUAAGCUUCUUAUUCCUUGCUAGUUGACACAUGGUAACAAAUUUUGGUAAUAAGAAUUCUUUUCCCAUCCACAUACCUCCCUCAUCUCCUAAAUGUGGUCUAUCAUGUGAGCACUGGCCAAUUAUAAUGUGAGUAUUUGACCUAUAAGUAUUCACUUAUUUAGUGUGCAAUAUGUAUACAGUUUAUUAAUGCUUUAAAUAGAGCCUUGCAUCUAUGACUUUAUUUUGUUAAAUCUUGUCUGCACUCAAUAUGUAAGAUGAAGUGUGACCUGCACUACGGCUAAAUGUAUAGCACAACUUUUCUAGUACAGAUUAUGUAUACUGGGUAAUUCAUUUAAAAAGGAAAAAGACUUUGUUUGAUGCUUCAGAGAAUAGUUUUUCAGGUGUGUAGAUCUCAGGUUUUUUUUCUCCUCAUAUCCAAAUGAUAUAUAUGAAAUCUGCCUUAGGUAUCAUUUUAUAGAAGCCACUCUUUCUCUGAUGGUGAGGGUUUGUAUCAUGAGAUUAAACACUUUUUUUGUAAAGUAAUAUUUACCAAAUACCACAAAAUGUUCUGUGUAAAGUUGAUCUUUCUGAAUGAAGCUUCCAGAAAGACAAGAUUUUUGAAGUUUUUAUAUUCAUGCUUUGUGGUAAUUCUAGCUUUGGCUAAUAAAACCUUAUUAAAUACUAUAGAA